AUGUGGAAGGUGGUACUCCUGGGUCUAUAUACAGUAUUGGCUGUGAGAGGACUGGCAAAGGGUGCUCCCUUCCAACCAGAAGAAAAAUGGAAACCUCUGGAUAACCCUAGAAACAGAGACCUGUUUUUCAGAACUCUCCAGGCUUAUUUUUCGGGCAGGGGUCUUGAUCUCAGAAAGUUCCCAGCUACUUUCACUAUGAACAAUGAAGGACCAAGGCCUGUCAUGUUCUACUCAGAUCCUAUUGCUUCUGCAUUUGCAGAUUAUGAAGAAAGGAAAAAUUCUUUUCCAAAUUAUUUUAAAGGCUGAAAGAUGCUGCUGACCAAGGCAUUAAAUUUUGAACUUCAUGCGAAGUGGUAACCUUUACAGCAAAAUAUUAGUGCUUUGACUUUUUAACAGUUACUCGACAAUUUAAAAUUUUGCUCACCAUCACAGUUUUCACCUAUGGAAUCUGUUAUCAUGCUGUAUUUAGCACAUUCGCUGUCUGUUAACGAACGUGUUAUGUUUGGCUACUACAGUUUGCCUAGCAGAAUUGUGUUUGUUUAAACGUGAAUAAAUGAGUGCAACAGCGUGCUUUUAA